UUUUGUCAACUCCAGGAUGUGAAAGAUAUUUGAUAAUAAUAGUGAGAAGACUAAGUUAUUCACAGUAUAUUCUAAAAACAUUCGCCUCUGACACUAUGUGAUUAAUAUUCGAUUAGGUCUCGAAAACCACUAUUCACACACCCCUACAAAAUUACUUUAUAGACGCAUAUCAUAAAACUGGCGCUUGUCUCAAAAGUUACGUUAAAUAUCCAUGGUAGCAUUGGAUUUCCGGCUUCAAUUCCACACUUGCGACUCGUAUACUCCAAAGCAAUAGACUGAAAUGCAAAUUAGCAGUACUUUUUCAUUAGCAAAUUGCGACAAAAUGCGAUUAGUCGUUCAGUACUGUUCACGUAUUCGAGUAAUACUUUUAAAGAAAGUGAAUAUCAAUUGACAUAUAAGCUACAAACAAUUAUUUAAAAAAUGUAAUUGACAGCAAUAAUGGAAGAGGCUAUAUAUCUGCCACAAUCUGCGGUUUCUCUUUGCAAGUGCAUGUGCAAAACUGUUUACUGACCCAUUUUCCUCCUGCUCAGGGGAAGAGUCGCUGAACGCGAAGACGAACAGCGAGUUCCUGAUGGCGUUCCUUCGGUUCGGCCGCAUGAAACACAAGCGCGCGUUCGAGCUGCUGAAGCACUACUACGACUCCAAGAGGAAAGAGGCCGACCUGUUCCGCAACCUGAUGCCCUCGGAGUUGGACCACGUGUUCUCCAGGAACCUCGUCGGUCUACUGCCCGACAAGGACAAAAAGGGCCGCUUCAUUCUCGUCCUCAGGGCGGGUGCCUGGAACCCCGACCAGGUGUCGUUCAUGGACGCGGUGCGCGCCAUCCUGCUGUGCUUCGAAUAUAUCAUGACGAAUAAAGCGGCGCAGGACAACGGUCUCAGCAUGCUCUGCGACUUCGACGGCUGGGGUUACAGCAGCAUCCUGGCAGUGCCCAGUACGAGGAUCGGUGGCAUCUCCAGAGUCUUUCCCGGCUACCCCGUGAGGAAAAAACGCGUUGACAUCGUGAAGCAGCCUUACAGCUUCAACAUAUUCUUCAAGAUGAUCACGCCCUUCCUAGACGCAGCGUCAAUCGCAAAGGUGCACUUCCAUGGCACGGACACCAAGUCGCUGCACAAGCGGUUCCCGGCCAAGAUCCUCCCCAAGGAGUUCGGAGGAACCAAGGGCCCCUUCGAUGCCUCCGUGUGCUACGAGAAGCUCAAGGGGAAAGAGGCUGCGUUCGCCGAAGACUUCGAGUACGGCUACACCUAG